AUGAGAUUCAAAAGCAGUCGGAACAACGAACCUACUGACUACUUUGCGGAUGGCGAGGCUGCCCUCGAUUUUGCUAUGAUCUAUCCCAUCAUUUAUCCUCAAAACGCAGAGCAAUACCAAGUCAAAGCGAGUGGUGACAAUAUGUUUGAUGGGUUCUUGGAUGCCAUCUACGGCGCAUACUGCACCGCCGAGGGCGGCGACGACCCAACCAUUGAUGGUAAUGACACAACGAGGGAAUGCAGCAAAUUCAAGCCCACUAAUGUUAUUUCUGUUUCAUGGGGCGGUGAAGAAAGUACAUCGCUUUUCUUUGCAUCCGGAGAUGGCGGCGUUGCCGGUGGCCACGGGGACGACUGUGGAGGCUCUGAUCGCGCGAUCUUCAAGCCAGGAGCUCUUUCUGGUUGCCCAUAUAUUACAUCUGUCGGUGGUGUAGAGCUACCAGCAGGAAGCAAGAUCGGCGAUACUCUGAUUGUCCCUGCUUCGCGCUACUCCCCAGGUGGUAGAUUCUCGAAUUACUUCCCUCGACCAGCCUAUCAGAAUGAUGCUAUAUCAGAAUUCCUCAGUCAUCAUACUCCUGCAUUCAAGGGGUACAACCGCACCGAUGGCACUGUACCCAAGGACAGCAACGGUGGCGUAUACAAUAUGGCUGGCAAGGCGUACCCUGACAUUGCCGCAUUAGCGAUCCGCGGUGUAUAUGGCUUUCGACGCGAUAUUCAUGCUUCUGGAGGCACCUCAAUGUCAGCACCUCUUUUUGCGGACAUUACUGUUGGAGGUAUGAAUAAAACGAACAUUGCUUCUUGCAAUGGCAAUAGCUUCGAUGCCACGCCCGGAUGGGACCCGGCGUCAGGUCUUGGCUCGACCAACUAUCCCGACAUGGCUGCCUAUUUCGGCAAGCUUUGA